AUGGCAUCCUUUGGUGUCGUUUUGCACUUCACCUCCAUUCUGCAGCAGCUAGCGAUAGACGUUGUGAACCCACUACCGGCUGAGCGCUAUGAGGAGAGGGACAAGCCCCUGAAGCCCGAACAUCUGCUCGAGCUUCUGCAACACUGUCUCGAGACCUAUUUCAUCUUUGAUGGAAAAUUGUACGAACAAACUAAGGGCACUCCUAUGGGCUUCAUCUGUCAGGCGUAA